AUGGCUUCAGAUUCGGCCUCAACGGCCUCAAACCCGGAUAAAGUUCCUGUGCUGCUCCUUAAGACGAAGUCAUCGCCGACCGAUGCAUACGAAGACAUCUUUUCUAUCCCCAGCGAAGGUUCUCCUUCUUUUGAGCCCAUCUUUGUUCCUGUCCUUCAGCACAGGUUUGAAGAUGACGGUAUGCAACAAUUCGAAAAGUUGCUGCGGGAGAGGAGGAUAAACCGUAGCGCCGAUAGCGCUUACGGCGGCCUCAUCUUUACCUCACAGAGAGCAGUCGAGGCAUUCGCCAAGUUAGUUGACGAGGGCAAAGGUGAUCAGACUUGGCCGCACCUCCAAGACAUACCAGUCUAUAGCGUGGGCCCUGCUACGACCCGAGCACUUAAGGCCAUUCCCCAGACGCCCCUGCUCCAGAUCUUUGGUGAGCAUACUGGAAAUGGCGAUGCGCUCGCACGGUUCAUAUUGGACCACUACGGCGAAUGGUACAAAGACCGUCCCACCAAGCCUCCGCUACUCUUCCUAGUAGGAGAGCAGAGACGGGACAUUAUACCAAAGACGCUGAUGGACGAGACUCUACCGGAUGAUCAACGGAUCGAAGUAACAGAGAUAGUGCUAUACGGCACUGGUGUUAUGGAGUCAUUUGCUAGUGACUUUGCGGACGUACUGCAGAGGACAGCAAGCCGACCGGAACGAUGGGUGGUAGUUUUCUCACCAACGGGUUGCGACAGCAUGUUGAAGGGAUUGGACUUACUCGACCAGGAGACGGGUAAGGCCAUUGAAAAGGCGGGCGGGGUGAAGCCACCAACCUCGAUCGCGACGAUCGGGCCAACGACGGCGAAUUAUCUCAAAAAGACGUUUCAUUAUGAGCCUAAAGUGUGUGCUAAGGAACCUACUCCGGAAGGAGUACGGCAAGGCAUACUGGACAUUAUGGCUACAUUUAUUACCUGGAAACUAGACCGGCACACCAUCACUCACUCACGCGCAUUCCCCACGAGACCCAAAUUCAAACUACCGACCAUGAGCAUCAACCGACAAGAUACCAACUUAAUAGACCUCUCGCCGCCGUCCUCCGGCCCCUCUACCCCCGUAUCCGGCCGCUCCCAGUCCCACGCCCACACUCACACCCACAUCCACACCCACGCCCACACGUUCCCCGAGUCCAAGCCGCAAUCUCCUCCGCCCCGGGGCCCCUCCUCCUCCGGCAGCGGCUACGGCAUCAUCUUCGGCCUCUGGCGCCGCCUCUCCUCCCUCGAGUCGCCCUCGUCUUCUCUCCCGUCGACCCUCCCACCGCCGCCCUCCCACGCGCAGCUAUACAAUGCCAAUUCGGAGCCCGCAGGCGCGGGCGACGGUAUAACGGGGCCGUUCGUCCCGCCGAUGCGCCGCACGCCGUCGCCUCUGCGCGGGCUUCCUUCUCUCGAGCCCUUGGUGCUGCACGGCUAUCGCGCCGACACCCGCACCGACGAACGGUUGCUGGCGCACGGGCUGGCGGAGGAGAUCAGGACGUUCUUGCCCGAGCGGUUGAAGAUUAUCGAGGACUGGCGGUUGGUGUAUAGUUUGUACCAGGAUGGCAGCUCGUUGGCUACGCUGUACAAGCGGUGCGAGGAGUACCGCGGACGGAGGGUCGGGUUCGUGCUUGUCGUGCGGGAUGGGAGGGAAGGGACCUUCGGCGCAUACCUAACAGAAGCACCACACCCAGCGCCGUCCUACUUCGGCACGGGAGAAUGCUUCCUCUGGCGCGCAAGCCUCCACGCGCCUCUCCCCCCGCCCCCCUCCGCCGACACAUCCAACAUGAACUUCCGCGCAACGACAAUAGCCUCCCCGACCACCAACACCAACUUCCCGCGCGUCGACCAGCAGUCCGCAAGCCAGCUAGCCCCCGCGCCGACCGACCUAGAAACCAGCAGGGCCGCUGCCUCGGUGCAGAGCAUCCGCUUCCAGAACUUCGCGUACACGGGCGCCAACGACUACUGCAUCUUCUGCGAGACGGGCUUCCUGUCCGUGGGCGGCGGCCGGGGCGGUACCUACGGCCUGUGGCUGGAUAACGGGUUGACCCGCGGCCAUAGCGCGCCGUGCGAUACGUUUUUGAACCAGCCGCUUAGCGACGAGGGCGAGAAGUUCGAUGUGUUUGGUGUGGAGAUGUGGGUUGGCGUGAAGCAUCAUGAUAAAUACGGCAAGUGUUUAUACGAGCAGCAAGAUAAUGGCAAGAAGCACGUCGUGGUGUAG